AGCUCUGGAAUGCUGUGAAGACUCACUGCCCAGGCACAUUCCCCUCCGGAUUAUCUCCAUCCAGAGGAAGCUCGUCUCCCAGAGGGAAGACCUGAAGUGCUGUUUGUUUGCAGAAUUCCUGCGUGGCUGACUCGGUCCUCGGAGUCCUCCUGGUAAAGUCAGCUCUUGCUACUGAAAAAAUCCCAAAUAAACCAGGGAAUGUCCAAUAUUCCCGAGAGUUCCUGGUCUUCCACCAUGAAUCCUGUUUACAGCCCCGUCCAACCGGGGGCUCCCUAUGGAAACCCGAAGAACAUGGCAUACACAGGUUAUCCCACGGGAUAUCCCACAGCUGCCCCGGCCUACAACCCCAACAUGUACCCGACCAGCAGCCCCGGCUACGCCCCAGCCACCCUCCUGAUGAAGCAAGCCUGGCCUCAGACCUCCUCGUCCUGUGCCACCGAGGGCACCUUCCACCUCCCGGUGGACACCGGCACCGAGAACAGAACCUACCAGGCCUCUUCUGCAGCUUUCAGAUACACCGCAGGGACUCCCUACAAGGUACCACCGACCCAGAGUAACAAUGCUCCUCCUCCCUACUCGCCGUCUCCCAACCCGUACCAGACUGCCAUGUACCCCAUCCGAAGUGCCUACCCCCAGCAGAACCUGUACACACAGGGAGCUUAUUACACCCAGCCGGUGUACGCGGCGCAGCCCCACGUCAUCCAUCACACCACCGUGGUCCAGCCCAACAGUAUCCCGUCGGCCAUCUAUCCCGCUCCGGUGGCCGCGCCCAGGACCAACGGAGUGGCCAUGGGAAUGGUCGCCGGGACCACCAUGGCCAUGUCAGCAGGAACCUUGUUGACCACCCCCCAACACACCGCCAUUGGAGCACAUCCCGUGUCCGUGCCAACGUACAGGGCUCAAGGAACCCCCACCUACAGCUACGUACCUCCACACUGGUAAUCCACUGGCCAAUCCAUAUCCGGAAUCAAACAUUGUAUGCAACUCCACAAGUCUUACAUCGGUGCCCCGGCCCCUGGGCCGCAGCACCUCGUCUGUUUGCAAGAACAAAACUCAACAAACCGAGUGCAAGGGUCACUUUAUGCAUCCUUUAGUGGUUUUUGUAAAAGCUGCUUUUUCUAAUCUUCUGCCUCUCUUUGAUUUCCCCCCCCCGCCCCCCUCCCACAUAAAUCGUGUAACACACAUGACUGA